AGAAGCUGGAGACAUGGCCAAGCCUAGAGUAGAAUCCACAAAGAGGUCUUUACAAUGUCAUCAGACUACAUUUGGUUUGAAGGAAUGCCUUUUCCUUGCAUAGGGUUUGACAAAGAAAUCAUUGGCAAGAUUCGUCAGAGUUUUGUUAUGAGAGAAGACACAGUCAUACUGUCUUAUCCUAAGUCAGGAACGACCUGGCUGAUUGAAAUUGUUUGCUUGAUUCAGAAAAAGGGAGAUCCCAUGUGGAUCCAAUCUGUGCCCAUCUGGGACCGUUCACCCUUGCUGGAGAGUGAAUCAGGAUACCUUAAAUUAGUUAAUAAGGAAGGACCACGACUCAUGACCUCCCACCUUCCCAUCCAUCUUUUCCACAAGUCUCUCUUUAGUUCCAAGACCAAGAUUAUCUAUGUCUUCAGAAAUCCCAGGGAUAUUCUUGUGUCUGGUUACUUUUUCUGGAGUAAGACAAAUGUUAUGAAGAAUCCAGGGUCACUGGAAACUUAUUUUGAAUGGUUCCUUAAAGGAAAUGUUCCAUAUGGAUCAUGGUUUGAACACAUUCGUGGAUGGUUGUCCAUGAGAGAAGAGAAAAACUUCCUUUUAAUAUGCUAUGAUGACUUAAAAAAGGAUACCAGGGGAACCAUAGAGAAGAUCUGUGAGUUCCUUGGAAAGAAAUUAGAGCCAGAUGAGAUGGAUCUAAUCCUCAAGUACAGCUCCUUCCAAGCCAUGAAAGAAAAUAAGAUGUCUAAUUUUAGUAUCAUCAGAAAAGAUAUAGCUACUAAUGGUUUGCAGUUCCUGAGGGAAGGUACAACUGGGGGCUGGAAGAAUUAUUUUACAGUAGCCCUAUCUGAAGCCUUUGAUAAAGUGUACCAGGAGAAAAUGGCUGGUUUCCCUCUAGGGCUAUUCCCAUGGGAAUAAUUUCUUAAAACUUCUAAAUCUUAUAUAGACACUGUUCUAUAUAAGAUUUUCCUGUUCUUGUACAUAUGAAUUACUGGGUGUGGUCAUAGAAUAAAUAUUGUUAUUGAAUUG